UGCCUGUUUGCCUGUUUGCCGAGCUAUGACAAUGUGUGUCUUGAAGUACGUGUACAACUACAGUGUGUAUAUAAUGAGAGUGUGUGUAUGUGCGUGAAACUGUGUGUUAUGGAUUGGGCGUUGGGUUUGUGAAAUUUGUUUUUUAGGGAGGAGGGGGAAUAUGCUCGGAAAGAGAGAGAGAGAGAGAGAGAGGCAGAGGUUGAAGAUUGAAGAGUGAAAAGGAAAAUCAAAUUAGGGAAAAAAAUGCCCAAAGCCUUGGAUUUUAUACUAUUCUUAAUGACCCACAUGGUUUGUCAAAACCAAUCCGGUUCGAACGACUUUCUAAAGAACCCCCUGUUCAUCGGAUUAUAAAUAAAUAGGGAAGGGAUGAUGUAACAGGAUAAUGAAUGAGAAAGAAAGUAUUCCGUUCAUCAGAAAUCUUCACAACUUAAACCCAUAGAAGUAUAAGGAUUAUUAGCAAUCCUAUUCAUGUCCUUCGGGAAUCUACAAAGAGUUAGCUAUUGAAGUAUUAUCAACAGGUUGAUAAAAAAAAAAUGAGAAUCUAUUCAUAUACUGUAGAUUUCCAUACUUGGUGUUGAUAAGAUAGGUUUAUACAUCAACAGCUUGAGUGUGGUAUGGUGUGUUUUAUUUCUCUUCGAUUAUUCACGGUGUUCAAUCUGUCUUUCUGGCUCUUAUAUUUUCGUGUAAGAUAAAUCUCUAAUAUACAUCUCUAGCAAACCAAUAGUCGCCGGAAUUGUACCUUCAAGCAUAUUAUCUACACCAUUGAGCUCUGCCAAUUCGAGAGAAAGCACCGACGAACCACCGGUGACAGGUAAUCUUUGUGCCUCCCUCCCUUUCUCAUCUCUCCCUCUUUCUCCCUCAAGCAAAUCUCACACACACCCAAUGACACCACAAUCAGCCUCCCCACCCUCUACCUGUUUGAGAAAAUGCCCGAGAGGAUUUAGUAUUACUUUCCUGGCUAUCCCAUACCAUUAAUAUGUGGCAUGCGAUAAGGCAUCAAAUUCAUAUAGUCAUAUUUUGGAUUUAGUAUUACUUUCCUAGUCAUUUUUAAGUGAAAUGGUUAAUGGUUAGAUGUUUGCUGUUAUGCCUUAUUCUUUAUCCUUGGCUGUAUUCACGCCAAAAGAAUGCAUUUUGCUUUUGUUAGUUUUGUCACAGAAUAUGUGAGGUUGUUUUCUCUUUCAAGUCAAUCACUAUGCACCUGAUUAGUUUAGCUGAGGAUGAAUUAAAAAUAGAACUUCAAGGCGUCCAGUAUUCCUCUGUCUCAAAUGCCACUAAGCAGAAUUCUGUUGAGGACAUGGAGGCUGGAGGCGAAUCUCUUCCUGAUUUCCAACAAAUUGCUGAGGAUGCUGCCAACAUUUCCAAGGUGGUGAUGCCACGUAAAAAGAUGAGGCUUUAUGAAGCAAUGCAGUUAAAAAGACAUGGCAUCAACCAGUACACAAUCUCUCAGAGAGUAUUACUUUCAGCCAACAGCUUUGUUAAUGAACAAUACCCAAUUAAGGUUAUCCCGAACAAGUAAUUCAAAUGGAGGAACCGGAGAAGUCUACUCUGAUGAUUAAAUGCUUAUCUUGUUGCAUUUUUGUCACUAAAUUGAUUGGAAACUUUUUUUGUACAACUUAAUAGCAACGUGGAUGUAAAAUUUUCAUGGACAAGGUAGUUUUCUUUUGUUACAAUUGUAUAAGCAGUAAUGCUAAUAACUUGUCUUUGAGCAUAUGGGGCACCAUUUUGUUCACAGUAGAUUGCC